AUGUUAGUUCAAACAGGUCAAGAUAUGGUUACAGCUGAACAGCAAAUUCCUAUUGCAACUGAUGCAAGAAAAUUAAUUGAAACACUUGAUAUGAAAGCAUUACAAGAAUCAAGAUUAGUUACUAAAGCAGAAAAACCAGUUGAAGAUAUAUUAGCUACUAUUAUUAUGAUUUGUGCGAAAAGACAAUUAGCUAAUCUUGAUAGAUUUAUUGAAGAAAUUCAAUUGUUUGAUAAAAUUAAUUUAACAGAAGAACAUAUUAAGUUAAUUAGUGGAAUUAUUGAUAAUGUUCAACUUGAAAAUUCAUCACUUAAUCAAACAUCUUAUUAUAAUGCUAUUUUAACACUUUAUAAAUGGGUCAAACGAGUUUUACAAUAUCAUACAGUUUUACUUAAAAAAGUUCGACCAAUACAUCAGAAAUAUAAAGAAAUUGAAGAAGAUAUAUUAGAACAAGAUCAAAAAAUAAUUUUAUUAGAUAAUAAAAGUCAAAUUUUAUCUCGAGAAUUAGAACGAAUAAGUAAAAUAUUUGAAACAAGUGUAGAACAUCAAUUAACAUUAAAUGGCACUAAUCAAAUAUAUUACGAAUGGUUAAGUAAUGGAGUUUUACCAUUAGAAAUGAAAAAUUAUACAAUUAUUAUUAAAUCAAUUGAAUAUUCUCCACUUCUUAUUGAUCUAUUUGGACAAUAUAAUCAUUGGAUGGAAAAAUAUUAUAAACUUCAAAAAAUUGAUUUGGAUGAUCAAACUAGUAAAGAUCAAAAUCUCAUGAAAAAUUUAAUUGAACUGACAUUUCCAAUACAUUCACCAUUAGUAACAAAAUUAUUAGAUGAAUUAUUUCAACAAAUUUCAUCAAAAACUUCACUUAAAUUAAAUGAAUAUCAGUUUGAAAUUCCAUAA